UCUUUCAAUUCAAUCUUUGUCUGUCAUUCUCAUGGCUUCCAACAUCAUUGCCUGGGGUUCAGGUGAAGAUGGUCAAUUAGGAAUUGGUACAAACGAAGAUAAGGAAUGGGUUUGUUCUGUUAAAGCUCUUCCUUCUCAACAUGUUCGUUCUGUUGUUGCUGGUAGUAGAAAUUCACUCGCCAUUUUGAAUGAUGGCAAGUUGUUUACAUGGGGUUGGAAUCAAAGGGGAACUCUUGGACACCCAGCUGAGACCAAGACUGAAAACAUUCCCAGCCAAGUCAAAGCACUUUCCCAUGCUCACAUUGUUCAGGCGGCUAUUGGUGGUUGGCACUGUUUGGCUGUUGAUGAUCACGGAAAAGCUUAUGCUUGGGGUGGAAAUGAAUAUGGUCAGUGUGGUGAAGAACCUGAGCGCAAGGAUGACAAUGGUAGACCUUUGAGGAGAGAUAUUGUGAUCCCUCAGCCUUGUGCUCCUAAGCUUUCUGUUCGACAGGUUGCUGCUGGAGGAACUCACUCAGUGGUACUUACACGUGAAGGGCAUGUUUGGACAUGGGGUCAGCCAUGGCCUCCUGGUGACAUUAAACAGAUUUCAGUCCCGGUUCGGGUGCAAGGUCUUGAUAAUAUAAAGCUUAUAGCAGUAGGUGCAUUUCAUAAUUUGGCACUCCAAGAAGAUGGAACUCUGUGGGCUUGGGGUAAUAAUGAAUAUGGACAACUUGGAACUGGAGAUACGCAACCAAGGUCACAACCUGUUCCUGUGCAAGGACUCUCUGGACUUACCGUGGUAGAUAUUGCAGCUGGUGGAUGGCACUCUACUGCAUUGACAGAUGACGGAGAGGUAUAUGGCUGGGGAAGGGGAGAACAUGGUAGGCUGGGAUUUGGUGAUAGUGAUAAGAGCAGUAAAAUGUUACCUCAGAGGGUUCAACUUUUAGCCGGCGAAGAUAUUGUGCAGGUGUCUUGUGGAGGUACUCAUUCUGUUGCAUUAACCCGAGAUGGGCGCAUAUUUUCUUUUGGUAGAGGUGAUCAUGGACGGCUUGGAUAUGGGAGGAAAGUCACUACUGGUCAACCAAUGGAGGUACCUAUAGACAUCCCUCCUCCACAGAAUCUCGGUGACGCUGACGGUGAAGCUGAGGGAAAUUGGAUAGCCAAACUCGUCGCUUGUGGUGGCCGUCAUACUUUGGCAAUAGUAGAAUGGAAAGAUGAUGAAUCUAAAGCUGAAUCUAUUCAUGAUUAAAAUGGAAACUAGUAAGUAGAUUAGGCUAAUGACUGAUUUGGAACUCAGUCCAUGUGUGAUAUGAGGUGUGUUUCGGCAAACAACUUAAAUAAGCGUUUAUUGAACCGACAUUUAUUGCGUAAGAGCUCAUGUAUAAGUCGUUUCUAGGAUUGAAGAGCUUUUGAAGCCGAAUUUCGCACAAGCUCUGAUAAGCAGUAUCUAUGAGCUAGUAUAAGGAGUUUAUGUAAACAAGAUUUAUAUGCUAUAAGCUUAAAUAAACUCAAAAUAAGUUCUUCCAAACACAACUCAUGAUAUAUUAUUCAUCAAUUUACUAUUCAGUGUUUA